CAUCGAGACGUGACGGACUAGUAUUUUGUGUGAUUCUGUAGUGUUGCUGAAAAUUGUGCACGACGAGUUUCUCGAUCUCGUCGGAUCCGAAAAAGCACUUGCUGCUCGCCUAGUUGGACCGGCAGCAAGCCAUCAAACGCGCUACGAAACGUGGCCAGCGAGAAAUCAUCAUCAUUUUUUUUUUUUUUACGAAAAGAAUGUAAAGUAAACCAAGGAAGGAGACGAAAUAUUUCCGAGUCAGCGGUGCUCGUUUACAUUCUCGUGUCUUGGCUCAGUGUAACUCAACGGAUUUCCGUUCUGUGAUAAAUCGUCUUCGUCUCCAGCGAGUCUUGUUAAGCUCACGUGCGCGACUUCAAGCUACAGUUUUGCCGGAGGUGCUUUUCAAAAAUUAUUGUGCGAAAUUGUGGAUUUAAAAAGUACUUCUGUUCCUUAAGGAUUGACCAAUGAACCAAAGUGAUUUAGUGAUUUAUUCGCCCAAGUCUACGGGUACAGCAAAUUAAGGAUUAAAUUGAGACAUCCGGUCGAGCCGAGGACGUGUUAUGAAAUUGCUGCCGACGAUUCAGUUGCCGCAGCUACCGCCGGUUUCGGCCGCGGGCGGAAUGGCCGGCAUGGAUUCACGACUGCCUCCAGGAAUUUCCCUGCCUUUCAGCCCAACGGACCUGCUUUGGCGAUAUGGACCCGCCAUGAGCUUCCCGACAGCCCACCCACCGCCGAGUCCACUUCUCGACUUCAAGAAUCACCUGCCCUCCAGUCUCGCUUUCCAAAUUGCAGCUCCAGACCCACGAUGCUGGGCGCGAGAUGACGUGGCGACAUUCCUGCGAUGGGCCGAGCGAGAAUUCGACCUGCCCAUCAUCGACAUGGACAUGUUCCAGAUGAACGGUAAAGCGCUCUGUCUGCUGACGAAGUCGGAUCUGGGCGAGCGGUGUCCGGGCGCCGGCGACGUCAUCCACAACGUCCUGACGAUGCUGACGCGCGAGUACAAUCAGAGGUGUCUGCCGAGCAGUCCCGUGACACCGACGCGGCCCUCGGCCUACCCGCUGAGUCCGCACUCGCACCCGCCCACGCCCACCUGGGUGGACAAUCCCUACGCGGCGAAUUUCGCCUCGCUGAUGUCCGCCAACUCUGUGACCCUCUCGCCCGCGCCCUCCGUCGACAGCCAGGCCGGCUCGCCCGGUCACAACACGGAGAGCAGCAACGGCGGCGGCACCCAGCUCUACAAGAGCGACUCGGACGAGGACAACCACCAGGGCAGCAGCAGUCCGCCCGCGACGCCCACCGCCCUCACGGCCCAGAGAUUGAGCGAGGUUUGUGUCAAGGACCAGCCGAGUCCCACACUUCCACCUCAAAUGAUGCCACUGACCCCGGGCGGAGCAUUCAGACCCGCGGCUGCCGCUGCUGCUGCUGCGGCCAAUGCCGCCAGGGAAUUUUUUCCCAAUGACUCACCCGAGCCCAACACCAAUGGCAGACUUUUGUGGGACUUUUUACAACAAUUAUUAAACGACCCAUCGCAGAGAUACACACACUAUAUUGCGUGGAAGAGUCGGGAAACUGGUGUGUUCAAAAUUGUGGACCCUCCCGGUCUUGCGAGGCUUUGGGGAAUUCAGAAAAAUCACUUGUCGAUGAAUUACGACAAGAUGAGUCGAGCUCUCCGAUAUUAUUAUCGUGUCAAUAUACUCAGAAAAGUCCAGGGAGAACGACACUGCUACCAAUUCUUGCGCAAUCCCACCGAACUGAAAAACAUCAAGAACAUCUCGCUGCUGCGCCAGCAGAUGCGAAUAAAGUCGGAGCCCGAGGAAGAGGGCCUCUCGGGAAACGGACUGGAGCCAGAAAUGGACAUGCCGACGGACCUCUCGAUGUCGAGCAUGAGCCAGAGUUCGAUGAGCCAGUCGGGCGAGCAGCAGCCACUUCCACUCCACGACCCGCCCGCCAAAUACAGGAGUCACAGUCACACUCAUAGUCAUAAUCACAGUCACAGUCACAUCAACAGUCACGCGUACAAUCUCGUGAAAACGAAUCAGGAGCCGGAAGACCGGAAGUGACGCGAGAGCUAGCCCAAUGAAUAAUAAUUAUUGAUGCUGCUUCAAUUGCUGCUGCUUCUUCAAUUGCUCGCUCUCGACUCCUGAACCUGAAACUAAAGAAAGACUUUGAUCCGGUCUCUCCAGGGAGUCAAGACUGAUUGCUGAUCCUCCGGCGUCCACGAAUUACCGGAAAAAAACAACUCCCACACGAAUCCCGGACCUUCUUCUUCGGCCAAGAGGCCAGUGAAGGAAGAGGAAGGAGGAGGAAGAGGAGGAAGGAAGAGGAGGAGGAGGAGGAGGAGGAGGAGGAAAAAUGUGCAAUGCUCAUUAAAUUCUUGGGGCCAAAGGUCCGAGAAUAUUGGGACAGAUUCCUCCCUCAAUUUAAGAUAGAGAGAGAGAGAGAGAGAAAGUUUUUUUGUUCGCUCUCGACUUUGGAUCGAAGAUAUUUUUCUUCGACAGUUCCGCUCAUCAGCGAUAAUCGCUUUUGUACACAACGAAUCCGAGGAGGUCUCGCAAUGAGGAGAGACAAAAUUUUCAAGUACAAUGCGAAUUUUUUGCGGUAAUUUAAUUACUAUAAUAGUAAUAAUGAUAAUGAUAAUAAUAAUAAUGCGCGUAUGUGUGUGUGUGUGAGAGGCGAAUUUUGUACCAUGAUCGGAUCUCGAGUUCUAAUUUUAUUUCGAAUUCAAAAUCCAUUAUUUACCCGGAAUAAGGCCAUUUUGAAAGGAUUUCUUCUCUCGAACAAGUCGUGACGAAAAUUAAAGUUUGACUUUUGAAAAAGUCACUUUUUACAUCAAUUUUUUUCUCUUCGGAAUCGUUUUUUUAAAGCGUGUAAAUGCAAUUUUCAAUU